CAAACUUGGGUUCUCCAAGUCUAGAAGAGCCCUACUCCUUGAGAAUAAUCGUAUUUAAUCACAAGGAAGAGUGUACAGAGGUGCUGAAGAGGGGAAGGAUCAAGAGGAAAAACGUUCGUAGAGAAUAGUUACAAGAGCAAUUGCGAUCAUCAUGACAACGCGGUACGUGAUAAUGCUGUUGGCGGUAAUUGGUACUUGCUACGCGGCACGCCUUGAUAGUACGUACUUACCACCGGGAAGAGCAGCGGGAGCCGGUGGAGCCGGACUGAUUCCCGGUCCAAGACCCAGUCCAGGUGGUGGUAUUCCUGGGAGACAAUCUGGAGGCGGAGGUUAUGGAGGUCCAGGAAUCGGUCGCCCUGGUGCUGGUGGACAGCCCGGUGGUGGCGGUGGUGGUGGCGGCGGUCUUGGUGGACCACAAAUACCCAUUCUUUCGUACACGAAUGAAAACAAUGGCGAUGGCAACUAUGUGUACAGCUAUGAAACAGGAAAUGGAAUAAGUGUACAAGAAUCAGGCCAGGCACAAGGUGAUAAUGAAGCUGUCAGUGGUUCCUACUCGUAUACCGGGCCUGAUGGCCAACAGUAUACUAUCACUUACACCGCGGAUGCCGAUGGUUUCCAUGCCCAGGGGGCACACAUCCCGACACCACCACCUAUUCCCCCAGAGAUUCAGAGGGGAGUUGAACUUUCGCUCGCUGCUGAGGCGAGAGGGGAGAAUCAGGAUGGAGGUGCUGGACAGGGUCGUGGGGGUGGCUUUGGCGGAGGACAAGGCGCUAGAAGCGGAGGUGGUUCUAUCUACCAGGGGCCAAACUCCUACCAGACGAGCGGCAAUGCUGGCUACCAAUACUAAGGCAGAUAUAAUUCAGUCAUUGACAUUUUCAUGAAGCCAGACCCAGUACUCAUUCCUUCGCUGUAUUUUUUUCUAUAUAUUAUCCAAUGGCAGACAGACUUGUGUACAUAAACGAUAUAUGCUCUGUAUAUCUCACUUCAUGUAAUUAUAAGGGCGAUGCUGAGUAUAUUGGCAUUGCUCUUCUCCGAUGCUUGUGAUGACUUUUUUUUUACAGUAAUAAAGUGUUUUGUAGAGAAAAGAGUCUUAUUUUUCACACGUAUAUUUCUCGUUUUGGUUACAUGGAGAUAUUGAACAUAUAUAUACAAUAACUGCAACGUAUUUGCACAGCGUAGUAAAAAUGAAAAUGAUAAAUGUUUUAAUAAAUAGUUCGGUCGUUACCGUCCGUAUAUAAUUUCACCCACUAACCAGUUGCAUUUAUUGAUUAUUCUACACAUUAAAAAUCCAUAAGGUAUUUCAUGCCAAAUUUUUCCUUUUUGCAAAUUUAUCUCGAUUUCUUUUCUACAAUUGGGGGUGGAGAAAAAUAUUUUUAAUUUUUUGUCAGAUUUAUUUGACAACUCGUUCCAAACGUAUAAUAUUUGCCUUGUUUUCUAACGUCUGUAAGAAUAUUUCACAUCCAAAGACUUGUAAAUAGUAUAGACUUAAUAUACUGGGUGUUAUACAUUUCUUCGAUGUAUAAUCGAAAUUGAGAGGUAGUUCUCAUAGUCCCCCAACGGAAGAAAACGUCUUGACCAAUUGCCAAAAGGGUGAGAGUCAUUCAUUGACUAAUUUGACAUACAACACCUUAUAUUAACAAAAAUAAGGUAUAUAUUGCACUCAUUUAAUCGAACACAGUGCAUUUAUUAUUGACCGAUUUCAUUAUAACUCUCGAUGCUCAUUUCAUCAAUUUGGUACUCCAAAUCUUUUGUAUUAGAAUCAUGCAAUAUUAGAAAAAUAAAUACUUUAAUCAUUAAUACAUUAGAAAACUGAUGCAUGUGAAAACUCUGUCAUAAUAUAAAUAGGGCAUGGCCAUUUGUACAAACAGUUCUAUCCUCAUAAAUAUAGGCAUUAAUUUUCCAUUAUAUAAUCUUUGCAGUGGUUGCAUAAAGACCUGCAUAUCACAGUGGAACAAUAUAGUAUGGUUACGUAUAUUUACGAAAAUUAAAUUGAACUUUCGUUUUUUGUCAAUUCAUUAAUUGAAAGCCGAGGGUGAAACCAGCGAUUCCACUCUGAGGAUUCCCACUCCGGUAUUUAUACAAACAUCUUGAUGAAGAACAAGUUCAUUUCUUGCCUCAAGAUCUCUUUAGAUAGGACAUCGUUUAUUGCUCUUUUUUAAUGCUGAAGGAAUGAAGAAAAUUUUCCUAGAAUAGUUUGGAAAAUUCAUGCAUGUGCAAUAAUUCCCUUCCUGGUUUCAGAUAAAUUCUAUUGGUCUCCUCACUUUUGUGGAAAUGCUGGUGUCACAUUCGUUAUAGAAUGAACCAAGAAAUCUAGGCUUUGAUUGUUAUUGACCUUUUUGUUUCUUCCAGGGUCCCCACUAUCUUAGCAGUCGAUGGAAAAUUUUAUAGCGAAGCAGUCAAUCGAUUUAUGUCGAGUUAACUUUAUUUAAUUUACAGAGUCUAUUUGGAAAAGGGAGAAAGAAACAUUUUUGUUGACAUUCUCAGUCAAUUUUUUUUAUCACUGCCUUAGUGUUAAAAAAUAUUAACAGAAGGUGCUUCAAAAAUAUAAUUAAUUGAACUUUAUUGACCACUUCGUCAUUUUCAUUGGUAUGGACCAUUCGAACACGUCUUAAUGAGGCAGAUUCGCAGUUUCAGAUCUAUAGCAUUUUUGCUUUUAUAAUUUGAGUAGGAAUAGAAGGUUUAUAGACUAUAUAUCUAUGGAAUGCUUGUGUAAACUAUUUAAAUUCAAUGAGAAUAUUCUCAAUUCCUAUGGUAAUUGUACCUAGAGGAGGGUUUUCUAAGCCUAUUAGUACUUGUAGAAAUUUUUCGUACUGAUCGUGUCGAAAUCCAACCUUAUGCGUGAUCAUAAUGUACAAAUACCACGAUUCAAUACAAUGACACAACUAAAUAAUAAUGGAAAAGCCCAUCAAUUUACUCACUUUUGAGUAUAAGAAGUGUUAAACAUAGGCCCCCACGCUGUUGUUCUCCAGUCCUAGAGACACUUCAUCAUCCGUCCGUUGUUCAUCAUCAGAUGCUCUUGCAAACUGGAUGAACAAUUGCUCAAGUGUUGAUGAAAGAACAGCGAAAUCUUCGAUAGAGCUGUAAUUAUUUUUUAACUCAUUCAGCAGUGCGUACAUAAGCGUCCAAGUGGCCUUGGAAUCUGUGACAUGGUAAUUGAGUAAACCUGGAUUUUCAUCCGUUAAUUUACACGUCAAUUUCUCAUGAAUUUUUCUUUUAAUGGUCUCCACGUCUGCGUAAUUGCAACUGGGGAAGAGUUUUACGUGAAUAUUGUACCCAGCGCCGAAGCGUUGUUUCAAUUCUUGACUGGCACCAACGCAAACUAACUGACCUUUCACCAUAAUAACGAGUCGAUUGCACAGUACCUCGCACUCCUCCAUACUGUGUGAAGUGAGAAUGAAUGAUUGUCCAGAGUCUUGACAUGUUUUCAGAGUAUUCCAGAGUGAUCUUCUAGCUGCCGGAUCCACACCAGUCGUUGGUUCAUCCAUCAGAACUAAUGAUGGAUUACCAAUGAGUGCAAUUGCAAUAUUCAAUCGUCUUUUAUUUCCUCCACUGUACGUGCUACUGGCUUGUUCAGCGCACGCUGUCAGAUUGAGUUUCCUAAUCCAUUUAUCAACAACGUUGUGCACUUGAUCCUCUGGGACACCCCGAAGCCGUGCGAAUAAGUACAAAUGAUCCCAAGAGUUCAGAGCCCCCAUAAUGGCAUCUUGUUGGGGGCAAUAACCCAUUUCCUGGAGAUACUUCGCCCGAUUAUUCUCAAUACUGAAAUUCUUCAACCACAUUUGACCACCAUUACCCGAUUCCUCGCCAAUUAGCAUUCUAAACGUUGUACUUUUUCCUGCCCCAUUCACCCCGAGCAAUCCGAAGCAUUCACCCUCCUUCACCCUGAAACUGAUUCCUCUCACAACGUGAAGCCCUCCAUAUCUCUUCCUCAAAUCACUGACUAGGAAUAUGUUCUCAUUUCCAUCAUCAGGAAUUCCCGCAAUUUUCUUCCUUAUAUCAUCAGAAACGACUGCCUCCUCCUUGACUACCAAUUCAUCCAUUUCUACGGUAUUAACCUUCUGCGAUUCAUUUUUCCUGAACAUCAUGAUGAUUCUCUGGAGAAUCCGCUGUUCAAUUACUACAAUAAUCAUAGAGAACAGAAGAAAUGAGCCCAAAAGGUACACCAAACUCGGGGACAGACUCCGAAGAAGUUUAUUAGAAUUCUCAUCGAAAUAAGGAAAUGGAUCUUUGCAUUCACCACCGCUGCACUGCCGAUCACAGCAAGGAUCCUUGAUAGUGCACAAAACAUUGAUGAAUUCGUCAGUCAUCCUUCGACAUCUGGCAUUUUUCGACACCACUGUGAAAAAUGAUAACUGUCCAUAUAGGAAACUCAAAAGAGGGAACAGUUGCAGGAUGCCACUGAUCGCAUCUCUAAAACCCUGGAAACUAUCACUCCCCAAAGUCAUUGCAGUGAGAAUAAGUACCAAAUCGGUCAAUCCCAGAACUGCGGGAGCAAUCAACUGCAUUAUUAUUGCAGCUGUUAAUGAUUUCUUCAAGAAGCUCAUACAAUAAACGAAUGGUAGCAUACUCAAUCCUAGAAGCAGCAUCAGCUCCAUAAAUAUGAUAAUUUCCGUUGAACCGUAGAAUUUCGUUCCUAACGACUUAUCGACUAUAAUGAAUAAAGAUAGAAGCAGUAGACAGGAUAUUAUGUACUGGAAGAAAUCAAAGAGAAACAUGGAGGCCCAGUAGCCAAAUUUCGAAGCUCCUGUCAUGAGUUGUAGCUGUUUUACUCCAGAGCGAGCUUCAUCGAGGGGCUGAGUUACAUACAAAGCGAUUGCUGGUGUUAUACAUAUCAUAAUAGCCAUAGUAAUGAUCCACCCAUCAGAUUCUUCUCGUUGCACAAUGGCCCAGGGCAGGGGAAUCUGCUGCGCCGAAGUUUCAAUUCGAUAGCUCUCGUUUUUGGUAAGAGCUUUCAGAAAAACAUUCGAGAGUACAUUCAAUGUUACGGGAAUUCCUCUGUAUGCAGUCCCCGAGUAAAAUCCAUUGGCUGUCAUCUUAGAACCGUUUUGCUUAAACUCCGCAGAGACUAUGUAUCUAUUUUUGUACACAUUAACGUCAUGAUAGGCUACUUUUAAUAAGGCAUCAGUGACAGUCGUAGUUGAGUUCUCUGGAAUGGUCUCCACUUUUCCACCGAAUUGAUUAAUAGUGUUCGUGUAGGUAAGACCCAAAUCAGUGUCUGAAGACUUUACAAAAGCUGCGGGAGAGUUAUAAGAGCUCAGACUUAAUGCUACUGGUGUGUCAUGUCCUGGAGUUGCCCCAAUGACCGCCAACAUUGCUGUAGAUGCCAAACAGGGCAAUAAUAAGCUCAACCAGAAUGUCCAGAGAUUCUUCUGUGCUGAUGUAAAUUUCUUCCGGAGAAAGGCGGAAAAGCAUUGGAGGAAAUACUUCAGACCAACGACCUUCGUCCAACAUUCAUAUUGGUCCCUCAACUCAACUGCAUCGACGUCGUCCCUACUUACUCUCAGAAACACUUGCUCCAAUGUAAUCAUUGAAACACUCAUCCCAGUGAUGCCCAAAUCCUUUUGCGAGGACUCCAGAUGAUCCAGAGCCUCGGGCAAUGAUUCCACCUGGGGAAUUGCUAGAACUACUUUACCCUCGCCUUGGUUCAAUAUUUCUGCUGAUACUUUGAUUUCUUGAAUAACUCGAAAGAGAUCACACCAGGGCUCGACAGAAAGGGUAACUUCUACCUGACCAUUUCCGUAUAACUUUUUCAGGAACAUUGACGUUCCAUAGCUCUUCAGUCUACCUGUAUGCAUUAUCGCUAUUCUAUCUCCAAGGAUAUUAGCCUCCUCCAUGUCGUGGGUACUUAUGAUUAUCGUCUUUUCACCCCUCAUUUUGAGAACAAUAUCCCAAACCUCGCGUUUACUCUGUGCAUCCAUUCCAGAGGUCGGCUCGUCCAGUAUCACAACGUUUCCAUCACCGAUAAUAGCCAUAGCAAGACACAAUCGUCUUUUCUGACCGCCUGAUAAUUGUUUAGGAAUGACAUUCCGUUUGUCGGUUAGAUUUACUUUAUUCAAUAAAAUUUCAAUAUCGGAUUCUAAGGCGCAUUUGGAUUUAUCACGGGCUUUCAAAGUUCCGAAAAACAAGAGAUGUUGAAAGACUGUCAAUUCUGGAAAGACCAUGUUCUCCUGUGGACACAGGCCAAUGUUAUUCUUUAUGCCGGAUGGAUCUCGUUGAAUGUUUUUACCGUCUAUCAGGAUUACACCCUCUGUUAAAUCUGUUAAUCCUGAUAGAAUAGACAUCAUCGUUGUUUUCCCAGCGCCAUUGUGGCCGAGGAGAGCUGUUAUUUGACCUUUAUAAAAGUCCAUUGAGACUCCUUUGAGGGCCUCGACUUUAGAUGUUUUGAAUAAACCUUUUGUAUAUAUUUUUUUCAAUCCCCUAAUUCUUAUUCCUGGCUCAGACGUCCCUUGAGAAUUUUUUUCAAAUUCUUUACCCACGUUAUUUGUUUCUUCAAAGUCAAUUGUAUUGCCAUUGUACGAAAAAUCGUCCUUUUUUCGGAAACAUGCGAAUGGAUUUUUGCUCACUCCAUAUUUACCUGGAAGGACUCUGUGAAUGAAUACAGCUAAGUAAAAAUUCAGGACAAUGCCGAUGAGGGUGAAGAUCAACAUCACUCCAACGCUUCCCUCUGCUGGUGCGUUUUCUGAACCGAUGGAGAACAUAUUGGACCAGUGGAUCCCGAUGAGUUGUCUCUCUCGCAUGAUUAUUUCUUCAAACAUCCUUUGAAAAAGGAUACUAGGGCAGAUCAAACCAAUGUACAAGAGGAAUCGUCGAGUGGAGGUGACGGUAGUAAAGGCUGUAACAUUGUUCAGGAUGACAAGAAGCAUAAACGUUGCGAGGAUGGCUUUUGAUGCUGAAA